AUGGAAAAGUGGAUCUUCAAGAUAUUCUUUUAUGUUAUGUUCUUAAUUGACGACCAUCAGACCUUGAAGCAGAACUUCACAGCAGCCUGUCCUCAUCAGCAACCCAACAACCUUCAUCAGCAACCCAACCACCUUCAUCAGCAACCCAACCACCUCGUCAGCAACCCAGCCACCUUCAUCAGCAACCCAACCACCUCAUCAGCAACCCAGCCACCUUCAUCAGCAACCCAACCACCUCAUCAGCAACCCAACCACCUCGUCAGCAACCCAGCCGCCUUCAUCAGCAACCCAACCACCUCAUCAGCAACCCAGCCACCUUCAUCAGCAACCCAACCACCUCAUCAGCAACCCAACCACUUUCAUCUGCAACCCAACCACUUUCAUCAGCAACUCAACACCUUCAUCCGCAACCCAACCACCAUCUUCAGCAACCCAACCACCUCAUCUUGGAGAAGGAGAAGGAACUGCAAGCCACCAAGUCUUCAUUUUUCAGGCUAUAUGGCAGUUUACGGCAGAACUGCUGUCAGUGUGCUGGUAGCCCUCUGUAUUCAUCCCUCUUCAGAGCUCAGCUUCUGGUUGUAUUCUCCAUGAGUUUAAUAAUGACAUGAAAAAAUGUGGAAGCCGAGAGAGUAAAAUACUCUGCCCUGUGAAAACGUGGAAGACAUGCAAACAGAAAAAAACAUAAUUGUAUUGUUUUAGAUAAUAUUAAGACAACUGUGAAACAACAAAAACACAACUAUUCCUUUGUGACCGAUGAAGAUAAAAAGAAAUUCUGGUAAAGACAGGUAUGCAGUUUUUUAAAAUGGGUUAAGAAAUUGUUGCAGAAGAAUUUCUAACAUCUGAAAAUGGUUUUAUGUUUAAGAAGGAUGGUCUGAAUUGUGUACUAAUAGCAAGGUAUAAGUUUGGUGUAGAGCCUAUCCAGUAGCGUCCACUGUACCACUUUUAAGUAAGACUCAGUCCACAGAAGCUGGAAGAUUGCCUUCGCUUUAAAUAUCCUUUACCUUCUGCAUUUGACACUCCUCCUGUUACUACAUAGAUUCCGGUCCCCAGAAGCAAUUUUACACUGGUACUAGAGCUUACCAGCCCCAUUUAGUAAUUCCUAUUUGAAAUUUUUUAAUGGCUAGAUGAGGUUUAACAAGAAUAUGAAAAGAAAAAAGAAAAAAUAUGUUCAUGAAUGAUAGGCGAUGCCCAUUCUUUCUCUCAAGCUAAUGAAGUCCUAUGGCAUUGUAACCACAACCCUCGGACAGACUCCUCCUAUUCCUCCAUGGCAUUGUAACCACAACCCUUGGACAGACUCCUAUUCCUCCAUGGCAUUGUAACCACAACCCUCGGACAGACUCCUCCUACUCCUCCAUGGCAUUGUAACCACAACCCUCGGACAGACUCCUCCUACUCCUCCAUGGCAUUGUAACCACAACCCUCGGACAGACUCCUCCUACUCCUCCAUGGCAUUGUAACCACAACCCUCGGACAGACUCCUUCAGUUCCUCCUUUCCUCGUCCUUCCCUGCUUUUCGUCCAUUCAGCAUAUAGCUAUUCAGUACUCCAUUGAAGAAAUUAUGCUAAGUGAGCAAAGCAACAUAAUUACUAAGAAUUAAUUCUGAUUAUUUGGCACUAGAGCCAACAGCAACCCCAGCACAGAGGAAAGUUGCUUUUUUUUCAAAUGCAUACAUUUAAAGUAUGUAUUUGCAUGCAGUUUUAAAUGGGAGGUAUUUGUCAUUGUGAAAAGCUGGGAAUCUCAAACAUAGUCAACUUAACUAAAAAAGAAGCUAAUACAGGUUGAGCAUUCCUAAUCCAAAAAUCCGGAAUCCAAAUUGCUCCAAAAUCUGAAACUUUCUGAAUGCUGACCUGAUACUACAAGUAGAAAAUUCCACAUAUAAGUACUUAACACAAACUUUGUUUCAUGCACAAACUACUAAAAAUAUUGUAUAAAAUUACCUUCAGGCAGUGUGUGUAGUUAUAUAUGAAACAUGAAUUUCAUGUUUAGACUCGGGUCCAUGCCCAAGAUACCUCAUUAGGUAUCUGUAAAUAUCCGAAAUCCAAAAAAAAGUCUGAAAUCUGAAACACUUCUGGUCCCAAGCAUUUCAGUAAGUGAUGCUCAACCUGCGUAAUGGUCUGCGGGCCAGUGCUCAUUUUCUGCCUAUGUUGUACAUACUUUAAAUUGCGUAAAUUAAAAGUCAAAGCAAAGAGUCUAUUUUUAAAGAAACUUACAAUAAUCUAAACAUAUACUUCUUAUGAUUAUGAAUCAUCCUGCAAAGCUGUAUGAAGAAUUUUACCAAAAAUACAAUGAAUUAAUCAUAUAUUUGAGAGUCACAGUGAUAGGUUCGACUAUAUUUUGACUGUUGUGUAGUGGCACCAUUUAGGUAGUAUUGUUUCUGAGCAUGGUGCUUUUUAUACUUGAAAUAUAUUUUUGCUUUAUUUUUUAUUGAUAUAAUUAUAUUUGCACUAAUGGCUUUCUGAAGAAAAUAUUAUAGAUGACAUUUUUUGUAUAUAUAUUUAUUAAGCUUGGGAACCUGGUCGCCCAGUGUUUUCUCUGGACACAUGUGAAACUGGAUAAAGUAUGGAUAAAGUCUUGAGUUCCUCAGGGUAA